AUGGCUCUUCCGGGCCGCGGACGGUUACCAACCUCUCCAUUCCUCUCCCUCGUCAUUCUCCCCUUCUUGAUUUUCCUGAUCGGCUUCGCUGGACAAGCUUCCGCUGCCGGAUCUGCGGUCAUUGGCCUCGAUGUCGGCACUGAAUACUUGAAAGCCGCACUCGUCAAACCGGGCAUUCCCCUCGAAAUCGUUCUGUCCAAGGAUUCAAAGCGCAAGGAGUCAGCAGCCAUCGCCUUCAAGCCGACACGAGACACAAGCGCGCCCUUCCCUGAGCGGUUCUACGGUGGUAACGCCCUUGCCUUGGCAGCUCGGUACCCGGAUGACGUCUAUUGCAAUCUGAAGACCCUUCUGGGUGUCCCUUUCAACGACGCAAACGAUGAGACUGUCAAGGCCUACUGGAGCCGGUAUCCAGCCUUGAAGCUUGAAAGUGCCCCCGAUGGCCGGGGCUCUGUCGCCAUGCGCAGUGAUCGACUUGGAGAGGCAGAGAAGAAGGAUGCAUUUUUGGUCGAGGAGAUCCUGGCCAUGCAAUUGAAGGAGGUCAAGUCCAACGCCGACGAACUCGCUGGCAAGGGAUCGGAUAUCCGUGAUGUCGUCCUCACCUAUCCUGCUUUCUACACCGCGGACGAGAAAAGGAGUCUCACGCUGGCAGCGGAACUGGCUGGUCUGAACAUCGAGGCCUUUGUUAGCGAUGGAUUGGCUGUUGGAUUGAACUACGCCACUUCCCGGAAGUUCCCCAGUGUUUCGGAUGGAGAGAAACCCGAGUACCACAUUAUUUUUGAUAUGGGUGCUGGAUCUACUACUGCCAGCGUCCUGCGCUUCCAAAGUCGCCAGGUCAAGGAUAUCGGCAAGUUUAACAAGACUGUCCAGGAGAUCCACGUUUUGGGAGCUGGCUGGGACAAAACCCUUGGUGGCGAUUCUUUGAACGAUCUUAUUGUCAACGACAUGGUGGAGAAGCUAGUCGACGACAAGAAGCUCAAGGGCAAGGUUACCGCCGGAGAAGUCAAAGCUCAUGGUAAGACCAUGGCCAGACUUUGGAAGGAUGCCGAAAAGGCCCGGCAAGUUCUGAGUGCCAACACCGAGACCUCUACCAGCUUCGAGGGUCUGUAUGAUGAGGAAUUGAACUUCAAGUACAAGAUCAGCCGUGCCACUUUUGAAAAGCUGGCUGCGCAGCACAUUGCUCGCAUCGGUACUCCUUUGAAGGAGUCUCUGGCGGCCGCCGGUCUCAAGAUGGAUGAUAUCGACUCUGUUGUUUUGCACGGAGGAGCUAUCCGGACUCCUUUCGUCCAGAAGGAGCUCGAGAAGGUCCUGGGCUCAUCCAAGAAGCUCCGUACCAAUGUCAACGCUGAUGAGGCGGCUGUAUUUGGUGCUGCCUUCAAGGGUGCUGCCCUUAGCCCCAAUUUCCGCGUCAAGGACAUCCGCGCUCACGAUGCGGCUUCGUACCCUGUCAUGCUCAAGUGGAACUCGGAUGGUAAGGAUCGCAACCAGAAAUUAUUCACCGCCACUUCUCAGGUUGGCCCCGAGAAGCAGGUAACCGUGAAGAACCUGGAUGACUUUGAGUUCAGCUUCUACCAACAGGUUGACCAGAGUGGAGACAACCGCUCCGUCCUUAGCGUCGAGACUCUGAACCUUACUGCAUCGGCAAACAAGCUUAAGGAGUCCUUUGGCUGCGCGGCUGCCAACAUCACCACCAAGUUCGCUAUUCGUCUCAACCCUGUCAAUGGUCUCCCCGAAGUCACCAGUGGCAACGUGAGCUGCGAAGUCGAGGCCGAGAAGAAGGGCAUUGUCGAUGACGUCAAGGGCUUCUUUGGCCUCGGCUCCAAAAAGGGAGACCAGCAGCCUCUUGGAGAGGACGGCGAGCCAAGCGAGUCGAUCAACCUCGAGGCUGAGGCUGAGUCCUCGACUUCCUCUUCCGCCAGCGCUUCUACCACCGCCACCGCCAAGGAUACUGUGAAGACGUCCGGACAGACCAAACUUGAGAUCAUUCCCAUCAGCUUGAAGUCGAUACCACUUGGAACUAAGGCUCCAUCUGUAUCCGAGCUAGGUCGCAUCCGCGGUCGUUUGGCGGCUUUCGACGCCUCUGACCGCGAUCGUAUUCUCCGCGAGGAGGCUCUCAAUGAGCUAGAGGCCUUCAUCUAUCGCAGUCGGGAUCUCGCGGACAACGAAGAGUUCAUCAAAGCUGUCAAGAGUGAUGACUUGGCCAUCCUCCAGGACAAGAUUGCCAAGGCUAGCGACUGGCUCUAUGAGGAUAGCGACAAUGCUAAGACGGUGGAGUUCCAGUCCAAGCUGAAGGAUCUGAAGGCCAUCGUCAACCCUGCACUCAAGCGCAUGAAGGAAUCUACCGACCGUCCGGCGCGUAUUGAGCUUCUCCAGGACAUGCUCAAGAACGCCGAGUCCAUGAAGCAGCUGAUCGAGGGUCAAAUCGCCUCUGACGAGGCGAGCUACUCAUCCUCCCUCUCCGCGUCAAGCACCUCAACCACCGAGUCCGAGACCAGCUCUUCUACUACCGAAACCCCGGUCGCUUCUGCUGACGAGAUGGAUGAACUCGACGACGACUCUUACUCGGCCUCAUCUUCAAAGACCACCACCACCGCCAAGCCGGCCGCUAGUUCCAAGCCCACUGGGCCCAAGUACACUCUCUUCAACCCUACCGACCUUGCCUCCCUGACCCAGGCCUAUGAGUCCACCAAGCCCUGGCUCGAGGCUCAGCUCGCUCUCCAAGAGAAGCUCACCAGCUCGGAUGACCCCGCUCUGACUGUUGUGGAUAUCGACUCCCGUCUGCGUGAGUUCGAGCGCAUACUUAACCGCAUGUAUGAGCGCAUGACUGCCGCGGCCGGCAAGCAGUCCAAGAAAAAUAGCAGUAAGAAAAGCAAGAAGGAUAAGUCCGAGGCUGAUAAGAGCAAGGGCAAGGAGGAGAAAGCCCAAGACGAUACUCGCAAGGAUGAGCUUUAA